AUGGCGGCGUCACAGAAUCUUGCCCGGCUGCGCGAGCAGACCAUGGGCAGUCUCGAAGACGAGGAAGCUGUAACAGUCAACACGCGAGCACUGAUCGAUAAAGUGCUGGCACGAUACUCCGGCGAAUGGACGACUUUACGAGAACUCAUCCAGAAUGCUGCCGACGCGCAGGCCUCCAAGGUUACGAUUCGAUUCGAAACACUCCCUUCAGCCACAGUACCAUUACCACAGACGCAAGACCCGAGCGAACUCCUGAAGCAUACUCUCCUCCACCACAGCCUCAACACGCUCAUGGUAUCGAACGAUGGCGAACUAUUCCAAGAGACGGACUGGCAACGCCUCAAGCGCAUUGCAGAGGGCAACCCUGACGAGACAAAGAUUGGUGCCUUCGGUGUGGGCUUCUAUUCGGUCUUCGCCGAUUGCGAGAGUCCAUUCGUGAGCUCAGGCGAUCAGUCGAUGGCCUUCUACUGGAAGAAGGACAGCUUGUUUACCAGGCGGGGGAAGAUGACAGAGGCACAGAAAGGCACUACCUUCUUGCUGGACUACAGGAACCAGACUACGCCCGUUCCCCAGCUCCUGAGCCUAUGCCAGUUCUUGGCUACAAGCUUGACUUUCGUUGGUCUGCAGAACAUUGAGCUAUGGCUAGACGAUUGGAACGUGUUGAACUUGUCAAAGAAGAUGGCCCCCGGUGCUCAGGUUAAGAUCCCUAAGGAGGUCAAGCCACAGACCCAAGGUGGACUCAUGAAGAUCGUGGACGUGGAAUACCAGAAUGCUCAGAUCGAUGCGAAAUGGAUGAACGUGGUCGGCUGGAAUCGAACAUCGCAAGCUACCUCAACCCAAGCCUUAGCAGCGCAGUCUCAGACUGACGUGGGCGGACUCAGCUUGAGGAGCUUCUUUGGUAAGUUUACAGGAGCAUCGGCUACGAACACAGUGAGGCAGAAAGCGCAGAAGGAGGAGGAAGUGCUACAGCAGGCCAUUUUGGAAGAUCUUGCCGGAUGCAGCCAGUCUACAGUCUUCGUCCGCAUGAGUACGGUCAAUGUACAGACCUACGUCAGCAAGCAGCUGGCUACUGAGCUCGAGCGUGCAACCAAGAAGCCGCCUCCAAAGCACACCCGUAUCUCAAUCUUGACAUCCUCCUUCGACGAGACGACAGCGUCGUCAAGCACUUCGUCCGGAAGUUCCGCGAUAAAGGCUGGUGAGAUAUUCGCGUCUGUACAGCCAACGAAAAACGGCAAGAUUUUCAUCGGCUUUCCGACUGCACAAACUACCGGCCUCCUGGCACACAUAUCUGCGCCUUCUGUGAUCCCAACGGUGGAACGCGAAAGCAUCGACCUGAAUGCACGUUAUGUUCGAGACUGGAACAUCGAAAUGCUACGAGUCGCUGGUAUCGCGUGCCGUAUAGCAUACACUGGCGAGAUGGCAGAACUCAAAAACAGGCUAGAUCGAACAGCAGCAGGUAACGGGCGUAAGAAGAUUGCGAAGGAAGACGUGGAUGCUGUGAUGACGGCAGCUGUUCACACAUACAAGCAGUACAGCUUCGCGGAGUCAACGCCAGCUAUGAAGGUCGGGCAUUAUAUUGAGGAGGCAUUCUGGACGUGCACAAAAGACGGCAGUAUCGAUGUUCUGUCCACGCGGGGAGUGCUCUCCAGCUCACAGGUCCGCGUUGCUACGGAGGAUCUCAGCUUCGUAGACGGCAUACCGGUGGUGCCAGACGAGCUGAUGGACAAAGCUUUGGCAUUUAUCAGCAAGCUGCGAGAUUAUGGCUUGCUGUCGGAUAUCACCACAAAAGACAUCAAAGCAGAGCUCGAACGGCAGGCGCUGUCCGAGAAGCAGGUUACCGAGCUGAUCAAAUGGGCAUGUGAGAAGGUAUCGCAGCAAGAGAUGGACGCGGGCGGUGUGCAAUUGCUCUUCGAUGGCACUGUAGCCAGCGUUAGCGAGGAGUUUCUGCCCACUUCUCCCAGUCCUGUCAUACAGCUCGGCUCCAUCGAGACGUAUAUCAACAGCGCAAGGAUACCUGUGGACCUGCCAUCACCGCCAACGACGAUUUUGUUCCGUUUGACGAAGGGCGUGACACCAGGUCAGCUAUCUUCAUUAGGCUGGGACGAGCUGCAAAUCGUACCUUGGCUACGGUGGAUCGUGGAGAGCAAUGGUCAAGGGUUUCCAGCAGGCCAGAGCCUCACGACUUCGGCAGCUAUUGCGUCUCAGGUCCUCCCAGUGGUGUCCAGGUCCUGGGAUGGGUUGUCACAAUCUUCGAAGCAGACGGUGCAGGAUCUGCUCACGCCACGUACAGUCAUACCCACUAAGCUCGGAAUGAAGAAACCACCGCAAGCAUACUUCGGUAAUGUACGACUCUUUGAUGAUCUGCCCACCAUCACUGGCCUGCAGGGUACGAAAGAGAAGUUCCUAUCUUCGCUUGGCGUGCGCAAGACGGUAGAGCUUACCGUGGUGUUCGAUCGACUUAUGGCCAAGUCUAUAACUCCUUCAGCGACUGAAGAGGGCAAGUGGAGUCAUGUCGAUCUGGUGAAGUACCUCGUUAGUGUCAAAGACGAUAUCCCUAAGGAGGAUAUGCAACGGCUGCGACAAACAACCAUCUGCCCAGCGGAGACACAGUCCGGCGACCAAUCCGACAAAGGAAAAUUAUAUCGUUUGGCGGACCUCUACGAGCCUAACGACGCCAUCCGGAAACUUGGCCUUCCAAUUCUACAGUGGCAAGGUCAAUUCCGUGCAAACACGCCGGAAGGCCGCUUCCUAAGAGUGCUUGGCCUUCAGCCAUAUCCUACCGUCCCAGUUUUGGUUGACAUCCUAUCGAGAGCGCCCAUGAACAGCGAACUCCAACAGAGCGCUGUUAAUUAUUGGAUCAUGAAUGCUUUCCACCACGACUAUCACAAAUUCCCAGUCGGGGAAAUCGACAAGGCCUUCCUGCCUGUUAUGCCUUUCGCUGGCGAAAGCUCUAAUAAGGUAGCCAAGCCCAGGCAGUGCUAUGCCAAUCCUAGAGCCGGAGUAUUGAGGUUCUAUACAUUACGCGAAGACUUGCAGCCACAUCACACGCUCUUCGGUGUAGCCAUGGACCCACCGAUCGACACCGCUGCCGAACGUUUGCUCAAGGCACCUCCAGCGAGUUUCGGAUCCGCACAAACUCUCUUCAGCUACUUCGCGGGUCGAUUACAAGAGAUCGGACCAAGUGGGAAUCUUGCUGAACGGAUAGGCAAUUCACCGAUAGUGCCUAUCGUGACCGGCAGUGCCAAGGCAUCGACUGUUCGCUACGUCACUCCACGAGCGUGUUUCCUCGGCGAUAGUCAAUCUUACGGCGACAUCUUCGACUUUGUUGACUUUGGUCAUGAAGCCAACACGUUGCUGCUCCGAGUCGGAUCGAAGCACGAGCCUAGUGCUGUCGAAAUUGCUGGUAUGCUCGUACGGCAACCUACUAGGUUGCUCGAGACGCUCGGGCAAGAGAAGUACCUCCAGCUUCUGCGCAAGAUAGCUGAGAGUGCGGCAGCUCUGAAGAAAGAUAAGAUCCUAUGGCAGAAGCUCAAGGCAGCUCCAUGUCUGCUUGCUGAGAGACAGGUCGCGGCUAAUGGCAGCUUUGAGAAGCCAGACUACGACGAUGAUGACGACGCGAAGAUCCUGGAAUACUCUCUGGCCAGAGCGCCGGAGAUGGUGAUCGUUGAUGACUUCCAGACAUACAGGCUUUUCUCUGCCACUCUAAUGACAUGUCCACAGGACGAAGCGUUGGAGAAUCUGUACUUGGCGCUGGAGACACCACUGCUCAGCAAACUGUCGGACAACGACCAGCGGAUGGGACAGCUUCUAAACGAUCAAUCGGCGGCUUCGAAGUUGCAUAAGCUACUAGUCGAACGCUGCAGACUAUUCUUACACGACCAUCCGUCAGACUCUGUUCGGCACGAUGCAAAGUGGCUGGAGCAGAACAUGACUGUGAAGGUGACGGAAUUUCUGCAAACUACGCAUCAGCUGAAGGGCUACAAGAUGUCGUUUGUCGAGAAGAAGACCGCACUUCUCCAUCGAGAUACCAAGAAGGAUGCAACGCUCUACGUGACUGGCCGCUUCGACCUGUACGAAGUCAGCAAAGCGAUAAUGGCGGUAUUGCUGAAACGACCAAGGCAACAAGACCUGCUCGCCCUCGAGACGAUUCUCGAGAGUGAUCUUGGUAGACUCAAGAGGAAAGGCUACAAUGUUGACCGCAUUUUGAGGGCCAAGGCAGCAGAGUCACGUCUUGCUGAAUCUGAAAGGCGGAAACGAGACGAGGAGCAGAAGCGUGCACAAGAAGCCGAAGCGGCAUCAAUGCCAAUGCCGUCGCAAGCACUUGUUGCGCGUAACAAUCCAAAUGCAUCACCUCAGCCAGACGCGUCAACGCAACAAGCAACGCCAGAAAAGACACUGUCCAUGCCUGGUUCAUUCGACUCACCCGAAGCUCGGCCCGCCUCUCGUGGCAAGAAGAGCGCUGGUGGCCUGUUCAGCAGUAUAAGGAACCAGCUGGGCAUGAGCUCCAGCGGACAAGCCGCACAGCAAAUGCAAAGCUUGCUAGGGCAGAAUGGCUCCAGUGCUCCGCCUCCGUAUAGCCCACAGGAUCCGAGCAAGAGCAUCGUCACACCCGGCACUGAGCGAGUCACUUCACCUCAGGAUCUGCAAGCGAACCUUCAGUCCGCGAUCAAGUCCACCCGCGAAUACAAUGACUCCUCGCUCUUCUCCACACCUGACACCAAGCAGAUCAAGGAGUCUCCAUCCUAUUGCGACAGCAAACCUGGGCAUGAUAUUGUCUACAUCACGGAUACCAGCAAUAGCCUGAAGCUCUACCUCUCCCGCUCCCACGCUGACCCUCGCGCUUUCGUACAAGCCCACGAGCAACCUCUCGUCCAGUUCGCCGCGGUCCUGAUAGCGGUCGCACAGAUCUUCGACCUAAGACCUCAGACCAUCAACAUCUACCACGACGAGGCUGGAGCGAGUAUCGCAUUCAACAGUAAUGGGAGUAUCUUCUGCAACCUGAGGUAUUUCAUGCAGUUGCACAUGGGCCAGAUGCCGACGUCAGAGGGCAAACAAGAUGCGAUGGCGUAUUGGUUCGUCACCCUGUGUCAUGAGUUGGCGCACAAUUUGGUGAGCCAGCACGACUCGCAGCAUUCUUACUAUACCGAGAGCUUUAUGGCGCAUUACUUUAGACGUAUGAUGUGGUUGGCUGGACAGGUCAAUGCACAGGAUCGGAGUUCGUCUGGCUAG